UGCGACAAGAAACCUACGCUGACAGGACAGUGCAAGGAAUACAAACCUAAGUGGUUCUACUCCAGGAGCCUCAAGGAGUGCAUCAUGUUCCACUGGGGCGGCUGCAACCGAACGGAGAAUCUCUUCGAUAGCGGGGACGAGUGCGAGUCCCUGUGCAUGGGUUUGGGCGAGGUUAAAAGCACGAACUAAAUUUGCUCUGCCAAAGUAAUCAAAAUCAAAGGAAAGAUUGAAAAUAACCUACAAUGAAAUUUCAGUUUGUGUUGAUAAUUGUUUCGCUUUUCUUUGUGGCUGGCAUCUGGGCGUACAAUGCGCGCAAUUGCGAUGAUGUGCCCAGUCAAACGGGACCCUGCAAGGCUUCGUUUCAAAUGUGGCGCUUCAUCAAGAAAAGAUUGGAGUGCGAGUCCUUUAUCUACGGAGGAUGCCAGAGCACGCGAAAUAUAUUCGAACUGGAGUCGGACUGCCAAGAGCAGUGCCUGAGCUAAGGUCAAAAUCUAAAUAAACACACUUAAUGCGGCCGUCUAUUGUAUUCCCAAAAUAAAACUUUUCCAGCUGCCGUAAA